GUGGAGUUCUGGAGCAGCGCGGUACCCGGCGCGGGCCUGGAGCGGGAGGCCGACGAGGUGCCGCUCGAGGGCGAGGGCACGCCUCGCCCUCGGGCUCGCGUGCGAUCCCCUGUCUUCUUCGAGCGCGACUACCCCGACGGCGCCGCCUUCCGGCACGCGGCCUACGCCUCCCUGGAGGGGGAGCACUGCUGGCAGCACCGCGGGACCGGCGUCCGGGUCUGGGGCGACGCCCUCGACCUCUCCGGCGGGCGCGCGGGGGCCCGCGCCGUCUUCCACUACACGUCGGCCGCCGCCUUCGGCAGCAUCACGGCCCCCCAGCGCGAGUGGGACACCGUGGCGGAGAUCCUGGACAGCCACUCCUGGAGCGUGAUUGCCCGAGACACCCGAGACGUGGGCAGAGGCAAGGCGUAUGUGAACCAGCACUGCCCUCCACGCGUGGCCUACUGCGUCCCCAUCUUGGCCCACCCGGACAGCCUCUACGAGGUCGGCGAGCUGCUGAACGAACCAGGCAAGCCGCACAGGUGCUGCGUGGUGGUGCGCGUGCAGGGCGCCACGGGCGUGGAGGGCGCUCGCUGGCGCCUUGUGGAGUGCCUGCGCGCCCGCGCCAGAGCCACAGCCGAGCGCCUCGGCGAGGACCACGUGGACGCCGUCGAUGCCGCGGGCCGCCUGGGCGAUGUGCUGCGGAGGCGGGGCUUUCUCGCCGAGGCGGGGCUGGUCCUCAGAGGCGUGCUCGAGCGCAGGGAGCGGGCGCUGGGGCAGGAGCACCAGGACACGCUGACGUCCGUCAACAGUCUGGCCAGGCUGCUGCAGGACCUGGGGCGGCUGGAGGAGGCAGAGCCGCUGCUCCGCCGGGCUCUGGAGGCCCGCGAGCGGACGCUGGGGCCGGAGGACCCCGCCACGCUGAUCUCCGCCAGCAACCUGGCCAUGCUGUUGUACAGCCGGGGCCAGCUGGAGGAGGCAGAGCCGCUGUACGCGCGUGUCCUCGAGGUUCGCGAGCGGACGCUGGGGCCAAGGCAUCCAAACACGCUGAGCUCCGUCAACACCUUGGCCACGCUGCUGCAGGCCCGCGGGCGGCUGGGCGAGGCGGAGCAGCCGUUCCGAUGGGCGCUGAAGGCCCGCGACCGUGCGCUCGGGCCAGAGCAUCCGGACACGCUGCUCUCCGUCAACAACCUGGCCGCGCUGCUGUACGUCCAGGGCCGGCUGGAGGAGGCGGAGCCGCUGUACAGGCGUGCUCUGGAGGCCCGCGAGCGCACGCUGGGGCCAGAGCACCCCAGGACGCUGGUCUCCGUCAGUAACUUAGCCGAGCUGCUGCAGGCCCGCGGGCGUCUGGAGGCGGCGGAGCCGCUGCUUCGGCGGGCCCUUGAGGCGAGCGAGCGGACGAUGGGGCCAGAGCACCCGAGGACGUUGGCCUCCGUCAUCAAUCUGGCCGCGCUGCUGCGGGCCCGCGGCCAGCCGGAGGACGAGGAGGCGGAGCGGCUGAACCAGCGGGCCCUGGAGGCCAGCAAGCUUACGCUCGGGCUGGAACACCCACACACGCUGACCUUCGCCCGCCAUCUGGAGCAGCUUCAGGACGCGACGCGCGACGAGCGAUUCAUUCGAGCGCUCCGCGGAAAGAGUG